AUGUCGUCUUCUCCAGCCAAAUCUGGUAAAGUAGACAAGACCAUGUCGUCCCGUCUUCUUACUAUGAAGUUCAUGCAGCGUGCUGCAGCUUCAGCCGCAGCCAAAGAAUCUCAGUCUUCCGAUAGCGAUCAGCACAAUACUAAGCGCCAACGCAAAUCACUGGACAAUCGCACCUCUGCAGCGCAAUCCGAUCUUGAGGCUAUCUCCGCAGCACUUGCCGAGGAAGAGAAGAAGCGCCGGGAAGCUAUGUCGCAAACGGCCGCUGCAUCUGGCGAGACAGAAUGGACUCUUGACCUCCCUCCUGCGGCUCCUCAGUCCCAGCCCUGGGCUGUCGAGGUCGAUGUAUCACUUGAUGAUGAGGAGCUAGGCGGCCGGAGAUCAUUUGGUGGUCACAAGCGCAAGGAACUAGAGAAGCCUGUGGCACCCGUGGAGAGCGACCUUACAAUGAAAUACAGAAGGAUGGUAGAGGAGGGCACGAUGACCCAAGCAGAAAUGAAUAACAGGAUGGAAUCAAAGAAGCUCAAGCACAUGAGUGGUAUUUCCGGCUCUGGUGGCCAAGGCAUUCACCACGGAGAGGGGAAGAAGAAGAAGCGAAAGAGUGGCGAUUAUUGA